GUUUGUGCCAUUCCUCGAUACGGGCUCUGAGAUUGACGCCGGGGAUUCUGCGGGGAACGAACGCGCCGCUUUCGUAUCUUCUUCGACAAGUGGGCAGCGACUGAUGUAAUGGUCGCCUCCACAGUACACGCACUGGUCGCCUUCUCGUCGGGGUGCCGAUGGGCUGGCUGGCAACGGGCUCGCAUAUGGGCGACUGGGCUGCUGCUGCUGCGCUAGCAAGACCUUCAUUAGACCGUUCAUGGUCUCGAGCAGCGCGCCAAAGUCGGGCUCGGAUUUGACGGCGGUAGAACUGGCCGAUUGGGAGGGCGGUACUGACGAUAGGGGCGGCGCGUUGAGCGUGACAGGACCGGCCAGGACGAAUUCGACUGCUUCGGUGAGAUCCGCAAGGUUGUAUGGGUCGUCGGGGUGAUUGUCUGGGCGUUUGAUCUGCAAUCGCUGUGAUACACGAGUCCAGAGGGUGGGCGGGGAGAUGGCACGGCAGAAUGAACGACUUUGUUCAGCAGUCGAGAGACGCCCUUUUGAGAUCAGGAUGCCAGAUGUUGCGUAUUCGCCGAUCAGCGAAUGGAGAUCCGACAUCGUAUACUUUCGAUCAGAGUCUGUGCCGGGAUAGAGCUUCAAGACGGCCUUUUUGAAGUCGGCGUAGGUGGUCGUGACGGACGUGAACUCGUGACCCCGACUCGAGCAAAUUCCAGCUCGAGAUCACUGAAGUAUCGAGGUAGCUGGCGCGGUUUCGACGAAUCAAACUCCGGGGCUCCACGAGCGCCUCGGGCGGGCAUCUGGGAGGUCGCCAUAAUGGUUGGGGAUGGGGUAGGGGAUCGAGUAUGGGUCGGGGACUGGAAGAGAAGAUCGAGUCGAGGGGAACCGGGCGAACGAGGGGAUAGGUUGUUGUGACGCGCAAGGUGGUCUGGGACGCGAACGAAGAGCUCGUCAGAUGUGUCGGAGUCGGGAUGGGUGGAUGUGUCGAGUAGAUCGCGUGGGUUUUGCUGGAUAGCACGGAAUUCUGCACGUAGAUCUUGUAACGAAGUACGGCGAGGACGAAGGCUACGGCCUGAAUCAAUGGUGAUUUAGACCCCUCGCGGUGGGCUCCAAAAUAUGAUGUGCACGGGCGUCGUCUAAGCGAGGACCCAGGAACGGGAGAACGGGGCUAGAGGUCAAAUGGGCGGGCCCCGCUCCGAGUGCGCCGUGUAGUGAUGUAUUGAUGCGAGGUGUCCAAACCAAGGUUCAGGUGAGGCUGGGAAUGCGGAGAAAUGAGUGAGUGAACUCCUGCGGCGUCUGUCUGGACCGCGGACUGCUGGAUCGAUGAAGUAAACGAUCCCCUCCAUAGCUCAU